CACCGUGGUCACGGUUCACCUCCUCUACCGUGACUAUCUAGCUUUGGCUAGCGUACUGACUCUGCGUGGCGAGCGGCGGGCAUGAUCAUAAUCAUAGGCUCUGUUUGAACCAAACAGCCUCUCCUACGGGUUGAUACUUGUCGGCCGCCUCCCGGUGCUUUGUUCUGUGUCGCUGUGUUUUCAUUUCAGAUGCCUACAAACUUGCCUGAUUUCACAGACUGGGAGCACACAACCACAAGGUGCCAAACCCCUGUCCUCUUCCACCGCAUGUGGAGCUACGUCAAUGACUCACUCAGGUUCUAUCGCAUACAUCUCCUUCUAUUCACAAUUGUUCCUCUUGUGGCAUCCGUCAUCUUCUGGGCUUCCAAUGGAGAGUUCAAGAUUGAUUUCAUAGACGCACUCUUUGUCUGCGUCAGUGCUGCAACUGGCACUGGCUUGUCACCUAUCGACCUGAGUAGCACUACGCCAUGGCAGCAGGUCAUCGUAGUAGUGUUAGAGAUCUCUGGCAAUCUUGUAUUUGUGUCAUGGGUGGUCGUUUACAUCCGUCGGACCUACUUCAUCGGCCAUUUGAAGCACAUUGUAGUCGCAGAACGCGAACGUGCUAUGCUCCGACAUGAGACGGCUGCUAGCCGUGCGUCGCAAGGCAGUGCUUCAAGAGCCAUCGUCGGCACUCUCGUCACGCGCCUGAGUGCACUACAGGAGCCGCGACGACCACCGAAGCUGAACACAACCCACCUCCAGCCUGAGGGAAAUCAAUCGAGGCCAGCCAGGGCUACGCGCACACUGAGUGCCAACAUGGUACGGAGAUUGGACGACGCCCCUCGCCCGAUCGACCCGGCGGGUAAUGCCUACGUGGCGGCGUACGCAUCUAGCGUUCAGCCUUCUCAAGCACUAUCACGGACAGCGGGUAGCGAAUGUUUUCCCCGCGUACGAAGCGUGGAAAGCAGAGCUCAGACCUAUAACGACGCGCACAUUCCUCAACCCAGAGAGGCAGGAGACUUUGGGGGUUUUCCAUACCCAUGGCGCAUCCUCUCCGAUGCCAUUCGUCGACUUUUCCCCCGUUUGCACCAAACGCUCCGCCGCACAGUGACGAUGCCACGCACGUCUACCCUCGUUCCGCCCACUGCAGACACUACUGCAGUGCUAUCGGGCGAGGAUGCAAGGAGAGUGGAGUACUUCUCCUUCAGUACGAACGUGGGGAGAAACUCGACGUUCCACGAUCUCACAGACGAGAAUAUCGAGGAACUCGGCGGCGUGGAAUAUCGAGCGUUGACCGCUCUUCUAUGGAUCGUACCCCUGUAUUACUUCGGCCUGCUGGCAAUUUCAUUCAUCAUUAUCGCUCCGUACGCCAAUUUGCCCCAGUGGCGAUGGCUCUUGAGACCGCCAGAGCAGCAUCGGGACAUAAACCCUACCUGGUUCUCAGUUUUCCAGGUCGUCGGAGCCUGGGCGAACACGGGAAUGUCUUUGGUAGACCAAAACAUGGUACCGUUUCGCAGCGCAUACCUGAUGAUCGUUGUUCUGGUAAUCAAUGUACUGGCUGGAAAUACGGCUUUCCCCCUUUUCCUUCGAUUCAUGAUCUGGACCUUCACAAAGCUCUUCCCGGCCGAUUCUCGCAUUCAAGAAGCAUUGCAUUUCCUAUUGGACCAUCCUCGCAGGUGCUUUAUCUACUUGUUCCCAGCCAAUCAAACAUGGGUUCUCUUCACGGUCCAGUUCCUCAUCGAUUUCGUUGUGUGGAUAUUCAACAUCGUCUUGGACAUCGGCAAUCCUGCGACCGCUAGCAUUCCCAUGGGCAUUCGAGUGAUAGAUGCCCUGCUCCAGGCUGCCGCGGUCCGGAGUUCAGGCUUUCAAGCGAUAUCUGUGUCGACUCUAGUCCCCGCUGUCCAGGUACUCGACGUCGUCAUGAUGUACGUUGCUAUUUAUCCGAUUGCAAUGAGCGUGCGCUCGACGAACGUCUACGAAGAGAAGUCGCUCGGGAUCUAUGAAGCGGAUGAGAACAUAGAACAGAUGGCCGAUUGUUCAGAGUCGCGGGUCGAGAUAUGGGGUAGAUACCUAUGGAGACACGCGCGAAGGCAGUUGUCAUUUGAUAUGUGGUGGCUUGCGCUCUCCCUGUUCCUGUUGUGCAUCAUCGAGCGCACCCCACUUAUGGAUACGAGCAUGGCACCAUGGUUUAAUGUCUUCAGUAUCAUCUUUGAACUCGUCUCCGCAUACGGCACCGUCGGGCUCUCUCUCGGCGUACCCUACGCGAACUUCAGCUUCUGUGGGGCACUUCACACAUUAUCCAAACUAAUUCUCUGCGCGGUGAUGGUCCGUGGCCGCCAUCGUGGGCUACCCGUCGCACUCGAUCGGGCAGUUCUCCUUCCGCACGAGUUUGAGAGGCCGGUGGCGAAUGCGGAGGAAGCCCAGAUAUCUCCUGGUACGGAAGACCACCUGUCAGAGAAGCACGGACGGCCAAACGGAUCCCCGAUAGCUCAUGAGAAGGAUGGACCACCAAGCCCCCAGGCGACGUCCAUCCCUCGCACACGGACAUUAAGCUUUGCGGUAGAUACAACAGGGGAUAUGGCAAGGAGCACCAAUGUCAGGAUCGACGAUGUUGCAGAGGAGGACUUGGAUAUACCGCACAUCCACUAUAUAGAAGAAGCGUCUCGCGUCUAGUUUAUGCCCAUGCAUCACGAUAGGAAGUUUGCUGUACUAGUAAUGCCGUUCACUAGCUUUUUCAUCCGCUGUCGCAGUUAUCCGCAUUGUUCAUAAUACCAAGGUCAUUCGCACUCACGGACAGCUUCAUGGAGUGGUCACAUAUGCUCAU